AGUGUGGUGUGGAGCCGUGAAACAUUAUUCGACUACCUUGCCGAUCCGAAAAAAUACAUUCCUGGCACAAAGAUGUCCUUUAUAGGGAUAAAGAAACCACAUGAUCGUGCCGAUCUCAUCAAAUACAUGGAGGUCGAAUCUGCCAAACCUAUCAACCCUCCGAACCCAACUACGUAG